AUGGACGACGUGCUCGACAGGAUAAUGGGAAGUGCUCCCUCGCAGAGCGGUUCAUCGCUCAACAGGACCCCAAAACGAGACCACCGCUCCAAUCCGGACAUGCAUGAACCGUCAUCAAAGAGAAGUGCUCCGAUGUUCACUACUCCCAAGUCGGCAACACCAAUCGGGCGCGACUCUUUCGCAACAUUGGACACGUUGAAUGUUCAGAUGAACAUGUUCACAAUGGACAUCAAGGAUAUGCCCCACAAACUCCAACGUCUUCAAGUUGACGUCAUCAUCUGUUCCAGCAACGGAAAACAGAUCAAUGUCAAUCUUGGAGUUUUGGCGGCCAAGGGAGAUGUUAAUUCCCAUAACCGUCGCUUGGCACAAUUCUUCAUCAUGAGAGCAGUCCAUGACAAGCUUCCGGAGAAGUUCAGCGGAAAAAGCCACCACUUUCUUGCUUACGACUGCGCUGCGACGCUCUAUGUUCCGGAGGGAGUCUACACUGGUGACGCUGAAGAACAAGUCACGCUGAAGAUCGACGACUUCCCGAAGGAUGAGUGGAAAAUUGUAUCGAAGUUGUCCCGCAGAAAGGACGAUUCGUACCUUGUCACUCUCAAACCAGCUGGAUUCGUUCACACCCAAGGAGAACAUGCCCGAGCAGAGGCGAAUCGAAUGGAACUGACUCGUUGUGUGGAAAUCAUCACUUCACAGAUGCUCAACAACGAGGAUUACUAUCAAUUUGGUAAUGCGGAGACGUGAAAAUGUUUCUCACGAUCGACACGAAGCUCUCUCCGUUUUACAAAGCGUCAUCUGUGAUCAAGUUUGCUCACAGCAAAUUGUCCGAAUCGAGAGGCGGUGGCGGUGGACGAGGUGGUUACGGCAGAAGCGAGUCCCGAGAUUCACGUGGAAGUUACCGUGGCGGCCGUUCUGAUUCAAGAGAUUAUCGUGGAGGUUACGGCAACAGAGGUGGAAAGGUACAGAGACGAAAGCCGAGGAUGUCGCGACAUGAACGAUUCCCGCCGUGAUUCUUCAAAUGGAGUGGACUACUCUCCAAGCGAUGCUGCUGAAGUGGAGAAAGCUUUGGGCGAAAGAGGAAGCACAAAGCGAUUCAUCGAAGAUGCUCUCAAAGGACUCGACGUGGAAUGCACCCGCCUGAAGGGAAACCUUAUUCGUGUAUGCUCGAUUGCCGAGAACAAUGCUGAAAACACUUCUUUCAUGAUGAAGGGCGACAAGGGAGAACAAGAGAUCACUGUCGUGCAAUAUUUCCAGUUGCAGUACAACAUCAAAUUGAAACAUUCGAGACUUCCGCUCGUCGUGUCAAAAAGAUUCAAACAUGAAUCUUUCUUCCCAAUGGAGUUGCUUCAGAUUGCUCCAGGCCAGCGGAUCAAGGUCAACAAGAUGAGUCCAACGGUUCAAUCGUCGAUGACAGGAAUGAAUGCCUCUAUGCCAGAACAGCAUGUGAAGUUGGUCCAGAACAUUCUCAUCGACAACUUGAAGCUUAAGCAAAGUAAGUACAUGGAUGCUUUCGGAAUCCGUUUGAUGUCGACUAAGCCACUUCAAUUGCCUGCGAAACUCCUUCCACCAGCUCAAAUCAAGUUCAAGAACCAGACGUACAUGCCUGAGAUGAGCCGUCCAGCGUUCCGCACACAGGACAAGUUUGUUCAACCAGCACAUAUCGGACGAAUUGGUGUUGUUGUCUUCGACAAUUGCAUCCAAAUGAGACAGGCUGAAAGUUUCUGCGACAACUUGGCUGCUAUCUGCCGUGACAAUGGAAUCAAGAUCGAUCAGGACUCGAGAGAUUGGACCAUUUGUGAGAUCAACUCCAGUGAUGCCGCUGGAAUCCAAAAUCGGAUGAGAAAGUGGGCGGACGACAAAGUCGACAUUCUCUUUGCAAUCACAAGAGAGAAGAAGCCGGAUGUUCACGAUAUUCUCAAAUACUACGAGGAAUCCAUUGGCUUGCAGACAAUUCAAGUGUGCCAACAGACUGUCGACAAAAUGAUGGGAGGUGGAGGUGGACGCCAAACAAUUGACAACGUCAUGAGAAAAUUCAAUCUCAAGUGUGGUGGAACCAACUUCUUCGACGAGAUCCCAAGUUCUGUGCGUGGAAGAGCGGUGUGCUCAAACAGUGAAACGUUGAGCAAGAAGCUUUUCGAGCAUGUGCAAUUCAUUGGAUUCGAGAUCUCUCACGGCGCAGCUCGCACUUUAUUCGAUAGAAGCCGAUCUCAAUUGGAUGGAGAACCAUCAGUUGUUGGAGUAUCAUAUUCGUUGACCAACUCUACCCAGCUUGGAGGCUUCACAUAUCUCCAGACGCAGAAGGAGUACAAACUGCAAAAGCUUGGUGAAGUGUUCCCGAAAUGUGUCCAAUCGUACAAAGAGCACUCGAGAAGACUCCCAACCAGAAUCGUCAUCUACCGUGUUGGUGCUGGAGAAGGAGACUUCAAGCGCGUAAAGGAAGAAAUUGAAGAAAUCCGAGGAACAUUUGACAAGAUUCAACCUGGAUAUCGCCCACAUCUCGUCGUGGUCAUUGCACAGAUAGCUUCACAUGCACGUGUCUUCCCUUCGAAUAUCACUGGAAGAAAAGCAAUGGAGCAAAAUGUGCCAUCGGGAACAUGCGUGGACAACGUCCCGACUUCUUAUGGUUACGAUGAAUUCAUUUUGUCGUCACGGACGCCCCUCAUCGGUACAGUUCGUCCGUGCAAGUACACAAUUCUAAUCAAUGAUGCGAACUGGUCCAAAAACGAGAUUAUGCACUUGACGUACUUCCGAGCAUUUGGUCAUCAAGUUUCCUACAAGCCACCAUCGGUACCAGAUGUGCUCUAUGCCGCUGAAAAUUUGGCCAAGCGAGGACGAAACAACUACAAGAUUCACCAGCGUCACGUGAACUUGCAAGCAGUGGAGAAUUCCAUCAUCGGAGAUCAUUCGGAACUCAUCAACGAAGAUAUGAGGGAAGAACUUGCGGCUGCCAUUGUCGACCAUAUGUCCGUCGCAAUGAACGGAAUGACCAUUUCGAAGCGAAACUUCUGGGCAUAAACCUAGAAUGCCUCCAUCUCGUCAUUUCUUGUAUUUUUUCCCAUAUUCCCAAUUCUUUAUGCACGCCCAAUUGAUUUUCCUUGAUUUUAUAGUAUUUGCUCUCCUAUCACUGGAGUUUCCCCCCAUCACUCUAACUACUUUAAAUAUGCCGAACAUUUGAACUGUAAUUUCCUCUUCGUGUUCGAUUGUUUUUUUGUCCCAUCACCGGUUCUGUAGUAAUUAAAUUAAAUGUAGAGUAGCAUGUAUUUUGUAGUAGUAGCCCUGUUUUACCCGUAUUCUCCUUUUUUGUAGUUUUCUUUCAUUCUGAUUUUUCAUUAUUUUUCAAAUGAUCGUCGAUUAAAGCCUGUAAAUAAUGUUUAUCGCGAUCAAAGUUAAAUAAAAGUUUUUACCAAUUUA